GUUUGACUUACUCGAAUUACCAACAGCAAAAUGAACAUUUCAAGCAUCUGUCAUUCUCUUACUAUAUUUUAUUUUAAUUUUCUCUACUCUUUUCAGCAUGAUAAACGAGGAAUAGUUUCCAUGGCAAAUAAUGGUCCCAACAAAAAUGGCUCUCAGUUUUUCAUAACAUAUGCUAAGCAGACAUCUCUUGAUUUGAAAUACACCAUAUUUGGGAAAGUUAUUGAUGGCUUUGACACAUUAGAUGAAUUAGAAAAACAGCCAGUAAAUGAGAAAAGCUACAGACCUUUGAAUGAAAUCAGAAUCAGAGACAUCACCAUACAUGCUAACCCUAUAGCAGGGUGAUACAUUAUCAAUAAUAGACACUUUACUGGAACAGUACAUGUAU